AUGAAUAAAUUUAAUGUCCCCUAACAUGCACCCCGUAUACCCUUGGCAUUUGUCAUGCUGCGCAACCUGGUGACCUUGGUGGUGUUAUUCUUUGCCAUUAGCUAUUAUGUUACGCAGAGCUGGCUUUGGGGAUACGAAACUCGGUGGACAAACACUCGAUAUGUCAAGUUCAAGCUGCUAGGCGGAUUGCGCAACUUCACAGAAGAGGAGCUCAGUAGGUACAACGGUCACGAUACAAACUUGCCCAUUUUUCUUGCAAUUGACGGAUUGGUUUACGAUGUUACGUCGAAGCCAGAGACAUAUGGAAAGCUUGGCGGCUAUAACAUAUUUGCGGGCAGGGACGCCGCCAGAGCAUUUGGAACUGGCUGUUUUCAGACAGAUCUUACUCACGACCUCAGGAAUCUAGAUCCAGACACGCUCAGGGCGAUUCGAGGCUGGCAGAAAUUUUUUGAAAACCACUCCAAGUACUGGUUUAUUGGCUACGUUAACCACCCUCCUCUCACCGGACCUCCACCUCCUCCCUGUAAGGGCGCGCCCAAACCGGAAUAGUCGCGUUCUUGCUGACAUGUACUAUGAUAUUAAUGAUAUCGAGACUGAGGGACAGCGCGUUCCCACAACGUUUAACGUUACUGUUCCUCAUUUAGGGCACAUUGUGGGAAACACCGAGACCAUAGAAAGUGGCACAGUGCUUGAGUUGCCCCUUUGGCUCGCAGGCCAGCUGUCCACAGUGCAGGUUGACAACGAUGCUGAAACGACGUUUGUUUCACUCGAAGAGCCUGCAGUCUUUUCGCCAGACGUUAUAAACGCGCUGAAAUCUGCUCCCGUGUCUCUGGAUCUUGCCGAACAGUCAACCGUGUUCACAAACUUGGCUUUACACUGGCUGCAGAUGUUCGAUUUCCCCGAGCUGGCUAACGUCCUUUAUGAUGCAGUCCAACAGCGCAGUGCAGAGAUUUACGACUACGCGGUCGCUCAGCGGGGUGCUCAGCCGCAAUUCGAUGAAUCAGAACGCCAGCUUUAUCGCCUGGUCCACGGAGUGAUGCGAAAUAUGCGUGCCUGGCAAGCGUUUGGACAGUAA